AUCCGCCCCACCCAGACUAAAUUCAUUCGAUUCAUGUAUGUAUACGAAGCAUCAAAUAUAAACACUUCUUCAACACUCGGCAGCGCGUAUCUUUUCAUUCCAUUUUCCUCUUCAUAUCUACUGCUCUGAUUGUUUACGCGAAAUCAUCUGCGUUUCAAGACUCUGAUGACCGUAAACAGUUAGAAAUCGAUUCGCUUUCACUUGUUUAGAAACUGGGUUUGGAUUGGUUUGGUAUCAUAAUUUAAAAUGGCCCGGAAAGGGAACCAUCAGAAGAAUGGUUUGGAUGGAAGCCCAUCAACUCACAAGAAAGGAGGUAUCCAAUCGGGGUCAGCAAUGCCGCAUAAAAAGGGAAAAGGAAGUGUAAACAAUGUGAAGGUCGUGAAGGAAGAACUUUUUAGUGAUACGCAACAAAGCGUACCUGUGACGGAGCCCGUUCACAAAUUCGAUCAUAUUAAAGAUGAGAAGAAAAGAACAAACAAAUCUGGAAAACAUAAUAAAGUGGAUAUUCGAGGUACAUCUACUGCAGAGCAGUCAGAACCUCGUGACGGUACUUCUGAAGAUUGCAGUAAUAAUAUGUCAACAACUGGAAGUUCUAGAUUGGAAGAGGAGAAGUGGGCAUCAGCUAAUGGUACAUCUGGAUUUAAGAAUCGAAAACGUAGGUCUGCCCCCUCUUUAAAUGGAUUUGAUGAGGAUGGCCUACCUGAAAUUGUAGAGCUUCCGGAAACCUUGGUUGUUAGGUACUUGAAAACAUUUGUGUCAUCUGUCUCGCAGGCCUCAACUGAAUGGUUGCACAAACACAAGCCGUUGUUUGAUAUUGUAGUAACCAACAUAUUGAGAUCUCGUGAUUAUGUUAAAAUGAAAAUCAAGCGUGCUUACCCGAUUGUCUUGAAAUGGCUUAUACAAUUCACCAGCAUAUUGCUUGUCCUUUUUAUGGUUUGGCUAGAUUGCUCCCUUAGAGGUAUAGACUCUAUUAUACGCAUGGGGACAACAUCAGUUUUCACAGUUAUUUGGUGCAGCAUCUUUUCGGUAGUUGCAAUGAUGGGAAUACUUAAGUUUAUUACUGUUGGGGCCAUAGUUGCUUUGGUAGCACUUUUUGUAGGGUUCACCAUUGGUCUUUUGUUGCUUGCUAUCUCUGGAAUUGUUUUCUUGUGGAUGUAUGGAAGCUUUUGGACAACUUUAAUUGUCUUCUCCCUCAGUGGAGCGACAUUCAUAUUUAGCCGUGAGCGCGUGGCACUGCUAAUCAUGACUGUGUAUUCUGUAUAUUCUGCAUGGACACUGACUGGCUGGCUUGGCAUUAUUGUAACUCUGAAUUUAUCAUUUUUCUCAAGUGACGCUCUUAUAUACUUUUUGAAGAAUAACAUGAGUGAGCAUAGAAGAUCCAAUAGUGUCCCUGAGCAAACAGCUGGGAUGCAAGGUGGAACAGGUGUGUUCAAUGGUGAGGAAGCGCGUGCUUCAUCCACUGAUGGUGGGACCAAUCCACAAGCUGACCGUGGCUCUGGGGUACCUUCAACAAGUGGGUCUGAUGCUGAAUUAACAUCGGAAGAAGAAGUUGUUCGGUUGUUAAACUCAGCUGAUCACUAUUCAGCAUUGGGUUUAUCUAGAUUCCAAGAAAUAGAUAUCACUUUUCUCAAGAGGGAAUACAGAAAAAAGGCAAUGCUGGUCCAUCCUGAUAAAAAUAUGGGUAAUGAAAAAGCGGCAGAGGCUUUUAAGAAACUCCAAAACGCAUACGAGGUUUUGUUAGAUACUUCUAAGCAAAAAACAUAUGAUGAUGAAUUGAGAAGGGAAGAUCUAUUAAAUUAUUUCCGAAGAUUUCAAGAUGCUACUCCAAAGAACAAACGACAUGGAUUUUUUGGAUCUACAUUUGGAGGCACGGAGGUUCACGUGGAUGAUCCCUCAGGAGAGUCUAGGCGAAUUGCAUGCCAAAACUGUGGCAGUUUUCACAUGUGGUUUUACACCAAAAAGACAAAAUCUAGAGCCAGAUCGUGCCAGGACUGUAAAGACUUUCAUCCAGCCAAAGAUGGGGACGGGUGGGUUGAACAAUCAUCCCAACCGCUUCUUUUUGGAAUGUUUCAGAAGGUAGAUCUCCCACGGGCAUAUGUUUGUGCAGAUAGCAAGAUAUAUGAUGCUACAGAAUGGUAUAUGUGCCAGGGAAUGAGAUGUCCAGCAAACACUCAUAAACCAAGCUUUCAUGUAAACACGACUGUAAUGUCAAAGCACACUAACGGGAAGGGACCAAGCUCAAGUCAUAGAGGUGGCGGGAUGCCAAAUAUGGACGAAACUAUGACUGAAGAGGAAUUCAUGGAGUGGUUACAAAACGCGGUUCAAUCAGGCAUGUUUGAAAAUUUUGCAGCCAAUGGUGGCUCAGAUAUCCCUUCGAAUAGCUCCAAGAGUGGGAGCUCUAGUAACAGUGGCAGCGCUGGUGGAAGCAAUGGCAAUAAAAAAAAGAAGAAAGGUAAGAAAUGGUGAGAGGUUUAAAUUGGUGUAAUGUAUAUGGUCAUGAAUUAACUUUACUAAAAUGAGAGCUCUGAGUCACAGGUAAUAGUUUCGUUUUUCAACAUUUGUUAACUGAGUUGACAACUAUAUUACUUGAAAAAGGGAUUCUGACUGUAGAUGUCUCCGAGAUAUAGUUGGCAAUUUCGAUA